CCAGGAACCAGGGAGGCUAGCUCCACUUUCUGUGCGACCCUUGGCAAGUGGCAUUGCCUGACUUGUUUCCUCACUCACAUUCAACUUAGAAUUGCUGUGCAUAUACUAUGUGCCAGGCACUGUGGUGUGUGCGUUAACAAGCUUUGGGUCUUUAAACCUUCCCAACAAUCCUAUGCGGAAUUGCCCCAUUCCCAUGUCACAGAUGAGAAAGCAGGAACUCAGAGAGGUGAAGUGACUUGGCCAAGGGCACACAGCAAAGAAGGAAUCGGGUCUGAGUCCAGGACUCUGAGCUCCGACUGAGGUGCUCUGUCCCCACCAUCAGGCUCUAACAUCUGUCUCAGGAGUGGCUUGGACUAGAACGAGCUCUCAGAUGAGAGGGUGGGAAGGAGAGCUGCCUAGUAGCUAAGCCCCCACCUCCUUGCCCCUCCGUGCAUGCAUUAAUUUGUUCAGCAAACACUUAUUGAACCUCCAGGGUACCAGAAUGGUGCUCGAUACUAGGGAUACAGAGGUCAAUUAGACAGGGUCUUGAGGUCUUAUGGGAGAAACCAGUGUGUAAAUCAAUUAGAAUUCAGUGGGGGCGGAAGUGUUCUCGGGUGUCUGAAAAACCCCAGGAGGGGCAAAGAAGCCAGCCUGGGACGGAGCAGGAAGCGCCCACUGGCUUGGGAGGUCAACAAAUUUGGAGAGACAAGUAGGUGAAGAAACAGGGGAAAGUUCAGCCUCAGCUUAGUCACAAAGCCCUGAAACAGCAUGACUCAGGUGUUUCUGAGUGGCAGAGGAAAUGGCAACGAGAGGGAGGGGCAGGAAAACAGAGAGAGGGAGAGCUAAGGAUAUCCUUGAAAGAUCUGAGCCAGGGAGGGGCAUCUGGCUUCAAGGAUCUCCUGCCAGGAGUGUGGGGGAUGUAGGGCAGGGUGGCUGGAUGGAAGUGGGCCAACCCGGUCAGAUGGAGUUCAGGCCAGGAAUGAGACAGGCAUUCAGGAGCUAUUCGGGAGACGGGCAUGUGCGCCAGAGACAGAGGAGUGCCAGGCAACCUGGGUGCCGGCCUGGGUAACUGGAGGACGAUGGACCUUUUGCUGAGAUGAUGGGCUCACUGGGAGGAGGAGGCUGGGUGUGGGGCAAGGUGGUGGAUGGAGUCUGGUCACGUUGGGCCAGUGGUGCUGGUGGGUCCUCCAAGGGGAGAUUCCCAGCUAGCUGGAAGUCAAACUCUUGAGCCCAAGAGUUUGAGACCAGCCUGAGCAACAUAGCAAGACCCCGUCUCUACAAAAAAAGUUAAAAUAUUAGCCAGGCCUGGUGGCAUACGCCUAGAGUCCUAGCUACUCAAGAGGCUGAGGUGGGAAGACUGCUUGAGCUUGAGAGGUUGAGGCUGCCGUGAGCUGUGAUGGCACCACCACACUCCAGUCUAGGUGACAGAGAGAGACCCUGUCACAAAAAAAAAAAAAAAAAGAGAGAGAGAGAGACACCAGUCACUGGGCUGGGGCCACUGGGUCCCACCCUACUCCAAUAUGACCUCACCAAAUGAGGCCACGUUCACAGGUACCAGGGGUUGGGAGCUGAACAUAUCUUUUUGGGAGACACAACUGAAGCUAUCACAGAAGGGGAGGCCUGGCUAUGAUUAUGGCUGGAGGGCUCCAAGUGGUCGAGAGGAGAGUGUCUCAACAAUGAAGAGACUCGGUCAUGUUAAUAGGUGAAGGUAUAGAGCUUCCAGCAGAGGUGGCCAGGGUGAAGCUCAGCAGCAAAGGGGGCAACAGCGCAGCAAGUUCCUGAGGAGGCAGAGGAAGGCCAGGGCUCGGGAGCAGGGGCAGCCUCCGACAGCCUGAGCCCCAGAAAAAGGAGGACAAGCCCCUGGAGGGCAGUUUGUGGGUGGCAGGGAGUUCUCAAUGGGCGGCUAAGCAAGAAGUCAGGUAGCUGCUGAGAGGGGUCGGGGGCUGGGAUGGGCCCGAAGGGAAGAGAAGAGAGGUGAAGAAGGCCCCAAGAGCGGGGGUGGAUUAAGGACCCAGAGAAGGUCGCUAGGCAGUGCUGGGGGCCACUGACUUUGGAAAGGUGGAUUUGAGCGGCGAGAGUCUUUGUGGUCAUGUGGUGGAAUCUAGAGCCCCCAGCAGCCUAGGAGAAGGAGCAGGGAAGUCCAGUCAAUGGAAACGUGGCAUUUCUUCCUGCCAUAUGUCAGGAGGUAAGAAGGCAGGCAGGUGAGGCUGGUGAUGAGAGCGUGAUCGAUAGGGCGUGCAGCAGGGUCCAUGGUGGAUAGAGAAGGAGGUGAAGGCAGAGUGGAGCCAGGAGGCCGUGGUCUUGAGGCAGUACUGGGUUGACCCUCCCUGGCCUAAGGGGUUGGAGGGGGUGGAGGUUUCAGAGGCCGGGGAUGCAGUGGAGACUGCGGGUAAAAGCAAAGGGCAGCAGAGGAGGGAGCAGCCAUGGGGGGAGCACUGCCCACCUCACUCCUCUCUCCUCCCCACAGCAUCCUGAUCAGGUUUAUCUCCAACCCCAUGGCCCCCUCCUGGUGGGGCUUCCUGGUGGCUGGGCUGAUGUUCCUGUGCUCCAUGAUGCAGUCGCUGGUCUUACAACAGUAUUACCACUGCAUCUUUGUGACUGGGCUGAAGUUUCGUACUGGGAUCAUAGGUGUCAUCUACAGGAAGGCUCUGGUUAUCACCAACGCAGUCAAACGUGCGUCCACUGUGGGGGAAAUUGUCAACCUCAUGUCAGUGGAUGCCCAGCGCUUCAUGGACCUUGCCCCCUUCCUCAAUCUGCUGUGGUCAGCACCCCUGCAGAUCAUCCUGGCGAUCUACUUCCUCUGGCAGCAUCUGUUGCUAUCCUUCCCGCAGAAGCCAGGGAGGAAAGAGAGACUUGGAGGGAGAACCUAGGUCCCUCUGUCCUGGCUGGAGUCGCUCUCAUGGUCUUGCUGAUUCCACUCAACGGAGCUGUGGCUGUGAAGAUGCGCGCCUUCCAGGUAGAGCAAAUGAAAUUGAAGGACUCGCGCAUCAAGCUGAUGAGUGAGAUCCUGAACGGCAUCAAGGUGCUGAAGCUGUACGCCUGGGAGCCCAGCUUCCUGAAGCAGGUGGAGGGCAUCAGGCAGGGUGAGCUCCAGCUGCUGCGCUCGGCGGCCUACCUCCACGCCACGUCCACCUUCAUCUGGAUGUGCAGCCCCUUCCUGGUGACCCUGAUCACCCUCUGGGUGUACGUGUAUGCGGACCCAAACAAUGUGCUGGAUGCCGAGAAGGCCUUUGUGUCUGUGUCCUUGUUUAAUAUCUUAAGACUUCCCCUCAACAUGCUGCCCCAGUUAAUCAGCAACCUGACUCAGGCCAGUGUGUCUCUGAAACGGAUCCAGCAAUUCCUGAGCCAAGAUGAACUUGACCCCCAGAGUGUGGAAAGAAAGACCAUCUCCCCAGGCUAUGCCAUCGCCAUACACAGUGGCACCUUCACCUGGGCCCAGGACCUGCCCCCCACCCUGCACAGCCUAGACAUCCAGGUCCCGAAAGGGGCACUGGUGGCCGUGGUGGGGCCUGUGGGCUGUGGGAAGUCCUCCCUGGUAUCUGCCCUGCUGGGAGAGAUGGAGAAGCUAGAAGGCAAAGUGCACAUGAAGGGCUCCGUGGCCUACGUGCCCCAGCAGGCAUGGAUCCAGAACUGCACUCUUCAGGAAAACGUGCUUUUCGGCCAAGCCCUGAACCCCAAGCGCUACCAGCAGACUCUGGAGGCCUGUGCCUUGCUAGCUGACCUGGAGAUGCUGCCUGGUGGGGAUCAGACAGAGAUUGGAGAGAAGGGCAUUAACCUGUCUGGGGGCCAGCGGCAGCGGGUCAGUCUGGCUCGAGCUGUUUACAGUGAUGCCGAUAUUUUCUUGCUGGAUGACCCACUAUCCGCGGUGGACUCUCAUGUGGCCAAGCACAUCUUUGACCACGUCAUCGGGCCAGAAGGUGUGCUGGCAGGCAAGACGCGAGUGCUGGUGACACACGGCAUUAGCUUCCUGCCCCAGACAGACUUCAUCAUCGUGCUGGCUAAUGGACAGGUGUCUGAGAUGGGCCCCUACCCAGCCCUGCUGCAGCGCAACGGCUCCUUUGCCAACUUUCUCUGCAACUAUGCCCCCGAUGAGGACCAAGGGCACGUGGAGGACAGCUGGACUGCGUUGGAAGGUGCAGAGGAUGAGGAGGUACUGCUGAUUGAAGACACACUCAGCAGCCACACGGAUCUGACAGACAAUGAUCCGGUCACCUAUGCGGUCCAGAAGCAGUUUAUGAGACAGCUGAGUGCCCUGUCCUCGGAUGGGGAGGGACAGGGUCAGCCUGUAUCCCGGAGGCACCUGGGUCCAUCAGAGAAGGUGCAGGUGACAGAGGCGAAGGCAGAUGGGGCACUGACCCAGGAGGAGAAAGCAAAGAUUGGCACCGUGGAGCUAAGUGUGUUCUGGGAUUAUGCCAAGGCUGUGGGGCUCUGCACCACGCUGGCCAUCUGUCUCCUGUAUGUGGGUCAAAGUGCAGCUGCCAUUGGAAGCAAUGUGUGGCUCAGUGCCUGGACAAAUGAUGCCAUGGCAGACAGUAGACAGAACAACACCUCCCUGAGGCUGGGCGUCUAUGCCGCCUUAGGAAUUCUGCAAGGGCUCUUGGUGAUGCUGUCAGCCAUGGCCAUGGCAGUGGGUGGCAUCCAGGCUGCCCGUGUGUUGCACCAGGCACUGCUGCACAACAAGAUACGCUCGCCACAGUCCUUCUUUGACACCACACCCUCAGGCCGCAUCCUGAACCGCUUCUCCAAGGACAUCUAUGUCAUUGAUGAGCUUCUGGCCCCUGUCAUCCUCAUGCUGCUCAAUUCCUUCUUCAACGCCAUCUCCACUCUUGUGGUUGUCGUGGCCAGCACGCCGCUCUUCGCUGUGGCCAUCCUGCCCCUGGCUGUGCUCUACACCUUAGUGCAGCGCUUCUAUGCAGCCACAUCACGGCAACUGAAGCGGCUGGAAUCAGUCAGCCGCUCACCUAUCUACUCCCACUUUUCGGAGACAGUGACUGGUGCCAGUGUCAUCCGGGCCUACAACCGUAGCCGGGACUUUGAGGUCAUCAGUGAUACUAAGGUGGAUGCCAACCAGAGAAGCUGCUACCCCUACAUCAUCUCCAACCGGUGGCUGAGCGUCGGAGUGGAGUUCGUGGGGAACUGCGUGGUGCUCUUUGCUGCACUAUUUGCCGUCAUUGGGAGGAGCAGCCUGAACCCGGGCCUGGUGGGCCUUUCUGUGUCCUACUCCUUGCAGGUGACAUUUGCUCUGAACUGGAUGAUACGAAUGAUGUCAGAUUUGGAGUCUAACAUCGUGGCUGUGGAGAGGGUCAAGGAGUACUCCAAGACAGAGACAGAGGCGCCCUGGGUGGUGGAAGGCAGCCGCCCCCCCGAAGGUUGGCCCCCAUGCGGGGAGGUGGAGUUCCGGAAUUAUUCCGUGCGCUACCGGCCGGGCCUAGACCUGGUGCUGAGAGACCUGAGUCUGCGUGUGCACGGCGGCGAGAAGGUGGGGAUUGUGGGCCGCACUGGGGCUGGCAAGUCUUCCAUGACCCUUUGCCUGUUCCGCAUCCUGGAGGCGGCAAAGGGUGAAAUCCGCAUUGACGGCCUCAACGUGGCAGACAUCGGCCUCCAUGACCUGCGCUCUCAGCUGACCAUCAUCCCACAGGACCCCAUCCUGUUCUCGGGGACCCUGCGCAUGAAUCUGGACCCCUUCGGCAGCUACUCAGAGGAGGACAUUUGGUGGGCCUUGGAGCUGUCCCACCUGCACACGUUCGUGAGCUCCCAGCCGGCAGGCCUGGACUUCCAGUGCUCAGAGGGCGGGGAGAAUCUCAGCGUGGGCCAGAGGCAGCUCGUGUGCCUGGCCCGAGCCCUGCUCCGCAAGAGCCGCAUCCUGGUUUUAGACGAGGCCACAGCUGCCAUCGACCUAGAGACUGAAAACCUCAUCCAGUCUACCAUCCGCACCCAGUUUGAUACCUGCACUGUCUUGACCAUCGCACACCGGCUUAACACUAUCAUGGACUACACCAGGGUCCUGGUCCUGGACAAAGGAGUAGUAGCUGAAUUUGAUUCUCCAGCCAACCUCAUUGCAGCUAGAGGCAUCUUCUACGGGAUGGCCAGAGAUGCUGGACUUGCCUAAAAUAUAUUCCUGAGAUUUCCUCCUGGCCUUUCCUGGUUUUCAUCAGGAAGGAAAUGACACCAAAUAUGUCCGCAGAACGGACUUGAUGCAAACACUGGGGGCACCUUAAGAUUUUGUACCUGUAAAGUGCCUUACAGGGUAACUGCUGAAUGCUUUAGAUGAGGAAAUGAGCCCCAAGUGGUGAAUGACAUGCCUAAAGUCACAGCUAGUCUGAGCCAGUUAGACUAGUCCCCGGUCUCCCGAUUCCUAACCGAGUGUUAUUUGCACACUGCACUGUUUCCAAGUAACGAUUUUAUGAAAUGACCUCUGUCCUCCCUCUGACUUUUCAUAUUUUCUAAAGUUUAGUUUCUGUUUUUUAAUAAAAAGCUUUUUCCUCCUGAACAGAAGACAGCUGCUGGGAACUCAGUCCUGUACUCUGGGGUGCUGCCUGAAUCCAUUAAAAAUGGAGUACUGAUGAAAUAAAGCUACGUGGCCAACAA